GACUUUUGAUCUCGGGACACACACAUUGCUUACUUCCUCUCUCUUCGAAGGCUUACAUCUCCAAAUUAGCGGUUAAUUAGCGCCACCAGCCACGAGUGUAAUUGCAAUCGGCUAUUUCGGGAUGAGACGCGGAAAAUAAAUUCUCGGUCAUGAAUUUUGCCAUGAAAUGUGGUACUUAAAUUUCAAAUUCGAUAUAUCAUGCGCUUCACAAAGUAUUUUGGCGUAAGGCGCCAAAGGGUUUCGGAGAUGCACCAUUGGCCGAGGACGUGCGUCGCUGCACUAUUGCUGCUGGUUAAUUCAGUGUCUGUCCUGGCGGCUAACAAUAAGACUGAAGGUUGCAGCCAAGUUUUCAGCGCCGAGCGUCCAGUGCUAAUCAGCAGCCGGCGGAAUGACUCUUCCGCCCCUGUGCACUGCUCCUACCUUGUUCACGCACCCCCUGACACCUUCCCAGGGCGAGUCUUCCAGGUUACUUUCGAGCACUUUAAUGUUGGUCACCGCACAGUCAGCGGCGGCGCCUGCCAGCACGGCUGGGUCAAAAUCGAAAACUCGCUUUUCUGCGGCACUGGAAUCUCGCCUAACACAUUUCUGCUAGCACCGACCACGGAGCACUACGCGAAAAUUCAUUUGGUGGUUCAUCCAGGAGAAAAAACCCACGACUUUCAGGCAAGAAUAGAACUGCUGUCUGAACUCACACUACAAGAAAAACAUCAUGAGAUGAUUUUGGUUACCCCUGGCAAAAAGGUGCCCUUCACUGAGUGUGAUCGAAUUUACAACUGCUUGGAAUACCCUGGCUAUUGCCAAGUGAACUCACCCUCUUACCCUGGAGUCUACAUUCGACCAAUGAACUGCUCCUUUUUCCUCAAAUCACCGGAACCGGGAGUCAUCGUGGGAGGCAGAUACGAAUUGUUUGAGGUUGGCGGCGGUCUUCGACUCUUUGCCGGUGCGGCUUGCGACCUUGAUGACCACUUGGAAAUUUACGAUGGAGGCGAGUUGGUGGCCAAAUUCUGUGGAAGAACGAAAAAGUUUCCAAGAAUAGUGACCAAAACGAGAGACGUAAUGAUAAGAUUUGUCUCCACCCACGCUGGGCCACCAUCCAAAGGUUUCGCGCUGAGCGUGGAGCGGUCGCCCCCGCACCUGGCUGACAACCAAAUUCGCUGCUCGCAAACCUUUAAGGUCGGCUCGAGCGUUGAGUCAUUGAAGUCGCCGCACCACUGGCUAGCGCCCAAGAGCCACUGUUCCUAUCACCUGGUUACCAAGCCCGGGAAACAAAUUUGGCUUGCUUUCAAGAGCCUGAGAACAAGGUCUAGUUGCUCGGAAUUCGAUGACCACGUGCAAGUUUGGGAUGGCUUGGAAAUGAUCCUAAGCGUGUGCAGAAAUUCUAGCCUCACCUACCCUGUGGUCAGCAAGUCGAACCAGCUGAAGAUCGUGUACGUCAGCCCAACUGGAACCUUUGAUGCAUCCAGCCGAUUGUUUUUUCAAGUCAAGUUCACAGCCGUGAACUCCAUUGAAACCGGUCAGCACGUGAAUGGAACUUGGUGUGACAUGGAGUUUCGGCCACACCGCCUCGGAGGGCCUUUUUCCCUUCUCAACCCAAAGGAAAUUCUUCUUGCGCCCCCAAAAAUGCCCAAAGUACUAUUGUGCAGGUACAGAUUCAUUGCUCCUGAAGGACACACAGUGAGGCUGCAUCUGAAUCAUGCUGUUUUCGAACCACUGUUUAAGUGCAACAACGCAAUUUGCGAUCCAAACGUGCGACUUAACACAUCUUACGAUCGGCUCAUCGUCACGGAGAAGAUCGAGAGCAUUCACUUGGGCUGCGAGUGCGGUGGGCGCGUUUCUGAAAAGCACCAGCAUCCACUGAUAUACCACUCGCGCGGGUCGGAAAUGGUGCUGCAGCUGAAACUGCGCCUCAAUCCAGACCUGCUUGACUCAUCGACAAAGAACUCGCCUGAGCUGUACCAGUUCCAGGGGCGUUACCAGUUCAUGCCCCCUGACCCUGAGCACCUGCACUGCGGUCACGGCAAAAUCAUGGUCGAAAACGCCACAAAUUCCGCCUCCUUCUUCCAUUUCCCUACGGUUGACAAAUACGUCAGCUCCCCGAUUCUGUGCCAAUGGAAUAUCCAAGCAAACAUAUCCAAAAUCAGAAUAGAAAAACUGAACCUAGCAAAAGACUGCAGAACAAAUUUCCUCCAAGUCAAGGUGUCAGACCAGAUACACAAACUGUGCCACGAUUCAAAGAGCUGGAAUGUUACUUUGGAAGAACCCGUCGAUACUUUCAAGUUUACGCUGAUGGCCAGCAAAGGUGCGCCUCACGUCUUGAUCGACUGGAGCUCAGACGAGCGCGAAUCCGAGCUAGAGGAGUGCUACGACAUGUUGACCCUUGCCCUGCUGACCAUCUGCGCCGCCAUAGUUACAAUGUGUCUUGUGCUAAUGGCGGUGAUGCUGGUCUGGAGAGUGCGCGGCAAAGUGUGGACGAUUUGGAGACGCAAGAGUGAACAGAGGUACAAUACAGUGACUGUUCGGCAUUCUACGUUUUGGUGAGAACCAACAAGAUUCACUGCUGCCUCUUGGGCGUUACGCGCAACAUGAUGCCUAUAGCAACGUACUUACCAUAUAAAAGAAAAACAUAUAUUUAAAUGGCAUAAUGCUACCUGUAAAAGGAAAUGUGAAUGAGUAAAACUUUUAUGUGUACAGUAGAAACGUCCGUCUGUCAUUAGAUUAAAAUUAACAAAAUUAAACUCUACACAACUCAUUAAA